CCUGAGCGUUGAAUGUCCUUUUUAAGAGUCCAUCACUUGUGCCAAAAGCGCCAGUCAGAAGAAAGCACACGCUGAGAUGCUCGCGCCUCGCCACUGUGAGUCUUUAACAAAGUGCUGAAACCCACCAGGCAGUCACAAUCCUAGGAGGAACUCCGCGAAACGGGAGGCAGUUAGAUGCACUUGGAUUACCGGUUGGUGAAGUGUCACAGCGUUAACCGCGAACAGACUGGCGCGUUAUCACCGCAGAAACGUAAAGCACGCGUCGGUCAUAAAAAUUAGCUUUCAUAGCUGCAAUGAAAUCAACAAUGGCAAUUGUCGCACUUGAUUGAUUUUAUUAUUAUUUGAUUUUCGAGUGGAUAUUCCUUUUCCGGUUGAAAAAAAUAUUGUAAAUGUACAUUUGGUUGAGUUAAAUAGAAUCACGGACGAUGGAAGUCAGUCUCAGAAUAAGCUUUGUCUGCAUUGGCUGCACCACCGGGCUCUUCUGAAAUACAUCACUAUUGGACCCUUUACAGAAUUGUAAUCUUUCAACACAUUUUUUAGCAAGACUUGGCUGGGACCAGACAGUAUGGGGUUAAAAAGCUCCUACUGGCUUUUGAUAUCUUUCAUGGUGAGCGGAACUGUUGCCGGGGAGUCCAGCUCUGAGCCUGCUGGCCCAGACACAUCUCUCAGGCCUGUCCUGGCCAUAAUAGAGGACGAGAGGCAGACCAUGACCGAGGGUCAAUACAAAUGUCUUGAACUGUUCAGCCGAGACCAGCAGCACAACAUCACAGGUGUGUUCUGUAGUCGUAUGUGGGAUGGCUUGUUAUGUUGGGACGAGACUCCGGUGGGGACCUACGCCACACAGAACUGCCCAGACUACCCUGGCCUGGACACCACUGGAAAAGUGUCAAAAUAUUGUGAUGAAUCUGGUAAUUGGGUUCAAAGUCCCUCCAUUAAUAAGACCUGGUCCAAAUGUUUGACGUUCUCCAAGGAAAAGUUAAAGAAGGUGACUCCCCAUGGUCUGCUAGAGCCAGGGUCUGUGGAGCCCACUGUGGAGACUCCAGACAGCCAGAAGGUGACUCCUCAUGGUCUGCUAGAGCCCACUGUGGAGACUCCAGUCAGCCCCAGGGUCAGUCAGGAGGAGGAGGAGAGGAAGAAGAUCAUCGACGGUCAAUACAAAUGCUUUGAGAAGAUGAACAGAGAUCAGCCGUAUAACAAAUCAGGGCUGUACUGUAACCGGACCUGGGAUGGCUGGCUGUGCUGGGAUGAUACACCUGCUGGGACAGUCACCUGGCAGAACUGCCCCAACUAUUUCCCUGACUUCGACUCCACAGAAAAAGCUACAAAGAUCUGUAGCGAAUCAGGACAGUGGUUCCGCCACCCAGACACCAAUAGGACGUGGUCCAACUACACUCUGUGUAACUUCCACACUACAGGCAAGCUGAAGAUGGCCUAUAUCCUGUACUACAUGGCGAUUGUGGGUCAUGCCUUAUCCAUAGCCUCCCUCCUGAUCUCUCUGGCCAUAUUCUUCUACUUCAGGAACCUGAGCUGCCAAAGGAUCACGCUUCAUAAGAACCUCUUCGUUUCCUAUGUCCUCAACUCCGCCCUAACUCUCAUCUACCUCAUAGCAGUGGUCAACAACCCAGAUGUAGUGGGAAGAAAUCCAGUUGGCUGUAAGGUGUUACACUUCUUCCACAUGUACAUGUUGGGCUGUAACUACUUCUGGAUGCUGUGUGAGGGGAUCUAUCUGCACACGCUCAUUGUGGUGGCUGUGUUCGCCGAGGAGCAGCAUCUACACUGGUACUACCUCCUAGGCUGGGGGUUUCCCUUAGUGCCUGCAUCCAUUCACGCUGUAGCGAGGAAGAAGUAUUUUGAUGACAACUGCUGGAUGAGUGUUGAGACCCACCUGCUCUACGUGGUCCACGGUCCCAUCAUGGCAGCGCUGCUCGUAAAUCUGUUCUUCUUGCUAAACAUCGUGAGGGUGCUGGUUACUAAGCUGAGGGACACCCACCGGGCAGAGUCUAACAUGUACAUGAAGGCAGUGAGAGCUACCCUGAUCCUGGUCCCUCUCCUGGGCAUCCAGUUUGUCAUCUUCCCAUGGAGGCCAGAGAACCGCCUGGCGGGGGAGGUCUACGACUACAUCAUGCAUAUAUUAAUGCAUUACCAGGGGUUACUAGUGGCAACGAUAUUUUGCUUUUUCAAUGGCGAGGUGCAGGCGGCUCUGAAGCGACAAUGGAUUCAGUACAAGGCCCAGUGGGGUCAGAGACGGAGGGACCACUGCUCCAUGCGCUCUACCUCCUACACCGCCACAUCAAUCACUGAGGUGCCCGCCUUCAUGUACCACCAUGACUGCAACAGUGAACACUUAAACGGCAGACACACCUCUGAGGACUCUGAGCUGGUGGCUCUUAAGACAGGGGAGACGUACGCCUGAAAAGCGGAAGGCAGUCUGAGUGUCGGAGGAGAGAAGAAUUAGUAGAGGAACCAAGAUGGAGACAUUUCUCUAAUAUCCCGCCGCAGUUCCACAUUUCAUAGAUAGAACUGGUGGGUUCAGCCCCAGACUGUGAAGGAGAAGACCGUGUGUCUCUGGACAGUGAUAUCUCUCCCAUAAAUUGGCCAAUGAUGGCUGAUGCUUCAUUUACAUGACAUUGCUGCUGCUCUGGCUGCUUAUUAAAAACACUAAGAUAUACAGUACAUGAAACGGGAGCCGCGUUUGAAAUGUAGCGCGUCCUAAAGCUGCUAUCUGUGGGACUCUUAACACAUCAUGGGAAUGUUAAGGAUGAUUAUAAUGAUGAUGAAGAAGAUGAUAAUUAGAAUGACUAUGAUGAUUAUUAGAAUGAUGAUGAAGAUGAUGAUGAUAAUGAUGAAACUAUUGUUGCUUUGCCUAUACCAAAGGGUGUGUGGGGUGGGCUGCCAGUAUGAGAGGCAUGCUCUGUGUGAACUGAAUCCAUCACUGAAGAGUUCCCCUGAAGGUCACAUACUGACGGACAGCACAGUGCAUGUGUGUGUGUGUGUGUGUGUGUCCAUGGCGACACAAGAGGUCAAUGGUUUAAAAGGCUCCCUGUGCCUAAGUUCUGGAAUCCUGUAAAUAAUGGUUCACCACUUUCACUUUAAAAGUGUCAAAGUGUGUUUUAGAGGAUUUUAUUUUUAUGACUAAAUGUUUUUUUUCUUGCCAACAACUUGCUCUUUAAAUACUUUCUGUCUGUUUCGUGAAGCUAGCGAGCUCCUCCAGACUGCUUACAGCUGCUGACUGUGCUUGCUGUGUGUUUCUGUCACAAGGCCUGUAUUUAAAGAGUGCAGAAGAUACAGAAUGUCUUGAAAUGGACUCAAGAGAGAAAGAAUAAAAAGGAUUGGUUAACUUAGACUAAAAAUAAAAACAGACUGAAUCGCAUAGGUAACAUGUUUAGCAGACACAUUUUUGAGUACCACCUGGCUCUUGAGAAUAUUUUCUGUGAAGUCUGUUUGACGUGUCCAUUUGCCAAAAGGUCUAAUGUGAAGCUUCUAGGAUUCCACAAUAAGCGUUAUUUUAUGUUUUGUGCUUAAAUGAAAGCCAUUCCAAUAUGGUGAAAUGAUUUUCUCUAUGUCAUAUCAGUUAUGAAUAGAGAGGGAGGAGAGAAGAAAAAACAGUAUGGUUACCUGCAAAAAUAAUCAUAUAAACAAUAACAAUAUACCAUUUUUAAAAGAAAAGUCUUGACAAUCUAGGCCUAUGGAAGAUGUUUCAAGGUAAAAACCCUCGUUUCCCCAGGCAAUUAUCUAUAUCGAAAACAUAAUUACCUUGAAAUAGCAUCCUUCUAGUGCACAGAAUCUGUCAAAUGUUAAGAAAAUCAUUCUAAUUGAGGGCUAUUUGAAAGAUUCUGUUGUCAUUUCUCUUGUGUGAAUACUACAGUGUAUUUUCUUUCAUUGUUUAUUAUCACACACCUACUAUAUUAUGCCCUUAGAUUAUUAUGCCCUUAGAUUAUUAUGCCCUUAGAUUAUUAUGCCCUUAGAUUAUUAUGCCCUUAGAUUAUUAUGCCCUUAGAUUAUUAUGCCCUUAGAUUAUUAUGCCCUUAGAUUAUUAUGCCCUUAGAUUAUUAUGCCCUUAGAUUAUUAUGCCCUUAGAUUAUUAUGCCCUUAGAUUAUUAUGCCCUUAGAUCCUAAAUGAAAUCUCCACCUAUUCUCAAAUGUAUUCCUUUGUAGGUUGCGCAACCUUAACAGAUUCCUAAAUUAGACACAUGGAAAACCAAUCUAAACCAUUGAAAUACUGUUUUGUAUUGAGUUAAGAUGUGUGUGAGUGUUCGUGUGUGCGCGAGCGUGUGUGUGUGUAUGUGUGUUCAUGUUUAUCAGUGUGAAAAUGGAGCUAGUGAUGCAUGAGCCAUGGGGCCUUCUGAUGUUUAAAUUAUUCCCAUUCACAUUAAUGGUGUUUAAAGAUAGACAUCUGUUAUGAUUUAUCUCCAGGGGACUUUCAGAAACUAAGAACAGCUCUGAUCUGGAUAUAGUGGACACUUAGGAAAAAAGAGUUCCAUUAAGGGUUCUUCUGCUGUCCCCAUAGAACCCUUUUUGGUUCCAUGUAGAGACCUUUGUAGAACCCAAAAGGGUUAUACCUGGAACCAAAACGUUUUUUUCAACAGGUUCUCUUAUGGGGACAGCCAAAAAAACCUUUUAGGUUCAAGAUAGCACAUUUAUUUCUAAGAGUAUAGCACUAUGCUAGAUAGAUACCAAGACUUUAGUAGGGUACCGAGGACAGCCGAGGGGACUCAUUUUUUUUAACCUAUAUUUAAUCCUAAUUUGUGCAUACAAUGAAAUUCACAAUGUGAUUUAUACAUCUCAAACAAUUUAAACAUGAGGCCUCAGGUGCCCAGACCCAGACCCAUAGCAGACUAGUCUGGAUUUGAAUGUCGAAGACACAUCUUCCUUUGGGGACAAUUAAGCUUAUCUUACCUUAGACCCUGUCAAACUUAUUGUGCCAAUGUAAUUUAUUUUACAGCUUCAAUUCCAAUUAGGCCAAGAUCAAAUAAAUCUUUACACUUAUGCCAAUGUUUAUACUGAAUCCAAUGUCUUUGCUGUUGUUGGGCCAUCAUGGAAGAGAUGGAGAAAAUCAGUUUGAAAUGGGAGAAGGCCAUUAGAUGAGGUCUCAAUAGGCUCUAUUCAAUCUGGAUUGAGGAAGUUCGGCGUUACAGAGCGAUUGAAAUGUAAAGGAAAUGUUUCCUCAAUCGGAAAUUACCUUUACAUUUCUAGCGCGCAUUCUGUAAGGCUUCAGCAAUCCAGAUUAAAUAGAGCCCUAAGAGCUCAUUCUGUAAGGCUUCAGCGAUCCAGAUUAAAUAGAGCCCUAAGAGCUCAUUCUGUAAGGCUUCAGCGAUCCAGAUUAAAUAGAGCCCUAAGAGCUCAUUCUGUAAGGCUUCAGCGAUCCAGAUUAAAUAGAGCCCUAAGAGCUCAUUCUAUAAAGCUUCAGCGAUCCAGAUUAAAUAGAGCCCUAAGAGCUCAUUCUGUAAGGCUUCAGCGAUCCAGAUUAAAUAGAGCCCUAAGAGCUCAUUCUGUAAAUCAGAGAAGGCGUUAACCACUGUGAAAUCUUAUAGAUGAUUUAGAAAGGUUUUGAUCCAUCCAUAUUUUAAGGUUGAUUUGUUCUGGAUAUGAACACAAUGUUAAAAGUAGUUUUUUUCUUCAUUUGGAGGAUGAUGAAUAUUUCUGUAUAUUUAGUAUGUUCAUGGCUAUGUUGUCCAGUGCCCAUGUCAACAUGACCGCAAAGUUUGUGUGUGUAAUAGAUGUGAAAUGUUUUGACCACUGUUUUUGGUUCUUUUGUUUUUCUUGUGUUUGGCUCUCGACCUCUAAGCUCUUUGUGUGGCGUUACUUCAAACAAGAGAAAAACUGUUUUUUUAAUGCACAAAUCGACCAGCUUUUUGUUUGAAAGCUAUUGCAAUCAGAAAUAUAUUGGAAAAGA